AUGGCGCCCACAUGUCGGGAUUGCUUGGCCCAAUGUUUCGGCAUCGAGUCCGAAGACUUGGAGAAGGAUGACCAUACCAGCAUGUCUGAAAAGGAAUCACAGCGGACAUCCUGCUUCGAGACCACCAAAACAGUGCUCAAACUUCUAUGCAUUUACCUGGCAGACUCCUCCAGUCGCACACGUGCAAUGCCACUCCUGCUUGUGUCUGUGAGCUUCACUGGCCUUUCAGUCUACAUGGGCUACGUCGGAGCAACAGCUUUCCAGCCAGUUGUGAAUGCAUUGAGUUCGAAGGAUUCUUUGGAAUUCGGCCGUGCUUUUGAACUCUUGAUAUUGUGCCAAGCAGGGUGGGCCGUGGUUGACUGCAUUCGCUCGUUUAUCGUUUCAGCACUCAGCCUGGAUUGGCAACAAUACCUCACAAUGCGCUUGCUGCAAAAGUAUGCUGAUCAAAACCAUGGUUUCUACAAGCUUAAGCUCCACCAUGGCAGUAUCGACAAUCCCGACCAGCGAAUUGCAAAGACCGUAGCUUCCUUCACAAAGAUGUCAGUUUCCGUGAUGGCAACUGUUGUUCAAGCCUUAGCUCAGGUUUGUACCAGUGCAAUAGCACUUUUGCAAGUUUCACCCAGUGUUUGCAUCAUUCUACUUGGCUUUGCUAGCUUGUUUUCGCUUUGCUCCUUCGCUUUUACCAUUCCAAUGACGGCAGUGCAGUGCCGCAUGCAAGCAAAGGAUGCUAGUUUCCGACAUGUGCUGAUGCGGAUGCGGGAGCAUGCGGAGCCAAUUGCUUUCUUGCAAGGAGAGGGUUUUGAGAGGGCAUGCUCUCAGCAGGCUUUGAGCCGUGUCAUUUGGCAGAACUACCAACUCAAGGUCUUGAAUGCUCUCUUGAAACUUUGCGCCAACUUUGGCCAAGUGGGCUUGCUUUGCUUGCCCGUGAUGCUCGUUGCACCACUUCUGUUUUCAGACAAGGUGGAUCUCGGCUCUUGGGCUUUGACCGAGCGCUUUUUUGGCUAUCUAAUGUCAAAUUUGCUUGCCCUUGGCCACCAGGUAUCAUACAUAGCCAAGAUUCAUGCAUAUGCGUACCGCAUCCAAGAGUUGUGGCAUCAAUUGGACAGUAUCGGAAUCGAGGAGGUCGCGCACUCAAGACCCACCCACCGAUGGCUAAGCGAAGUCGAGAGUCUAGCUUCGGACACUCCACGAGACUCACGAGACAGUUCACUGUCACCACUCCAGGAAUAUUAUCCACAAGAAUGGGCAACCCAAGAAUGUGUGACUCUUGUUUCGGGUGCCUCGGACAGCAUUCCAGUAUCCAUGGCAGAUGUAAAGCUGAGGACCCGGACUGUUGAAGUGAGUGUCAGUGGGCGCAUUGACCUUAGACAAGGCGAAUCCCUCUUGCUCCUUGGAGGGAGUGGUUGUGGAAAGACACUACUGCUGAGGGCCUUCGCUAAUUUGUUCAAGAAUGGCAGUGGGACCAUCACCCGUCCAGCCUUGCCAUGUUGCUUUUUCGUGCCCCAAUCACCAUAUCUUUGCUUGGGCAGCUUUCGUGACAACCUUCUUUACCCACACUCGAAGACUUCUCAACGGUCAAGAACCGAGAUUGAUUCAGUGGUGAAGGCACUGAAGUUGGACAGAAUGAUCGAGAAUCAUGGAGGAAUUGACCAGGUGCCAAAGGCGGAUCAGCCCUUGUCAAGGUCUGAACGCCAAAGGUUGAACUUGGCCAGGCCGCUGCUAUAUGAGAAACAGCUUCGCUUGCUGCUCCUUGAUGAUGCCACUACAGAUCUGGACCAGGAGAUGAAAGAUGCUGUAUAUAAGCUGAUCCAGCAGCUUAAAGUGCCCUUCAUCUCUGUGGGAAGUGACUGGCAACUCAUGGGCUAUCACACCUACGCGCGGUCAGCAACAAAUAGUUCAGACUCAAUCGUUAGUUUCACCAGUGCAAACCUUAUUCCAGAACUGACAUUUAACACGCCCAGAUGGUAG